AUAGGGAAAAUCGAAGAAUACUAUUCUUGUUUGUUUGCUGGAGUUUACGUGUAUUUUUCAUCCCCAGCCAGUUUAUAAACUUGAGUAAUGUCUUCAGACGAAUCUGAUGAUGAGCCACUUGCCAGUAUAGCGGCUGCAAAGAAGCUACAUCCGGAGAAAUAUCCUGAAGUCACCAUUGAACUUUGCCAAGAUGAACCGGCCAAGAAAAAGAAGAAGAAAACCUAUCCUCAAAAGAAAAUGAAUGCUAUGACGAUUAAGAUCAACCGUGCUUUGAAGGCUGUGAUCACUCCGCCGGUUGUGGAAAGGCCUAUGGAUGUCUGGCUAUAUUUAAAAGACCUUAAUCCGACCGGACCAUACAGCUGUUUGCUUUGCCCAGAUUGGUUUAUCAAUAGAGCUAAAAUGAUUUUACACUAUGUUUUGAAUCAUAAGAAAGAUUAUUGUGGCAUAUGCAGGUAUUUUGUACCAGACAGAGAAGCUUGGCACGCCCACCUCAAGUUUCAUGUGCCCUGGCCAUGCUCCCAAUGUGUCCUAGACUUUGACACAGAAGUAGAACUCCGUCAGCACCUCAGCGCAGAACACAAUCUUGUUCACUGCCGGCUCUGCCACUUCCGAGUACCUGAUGAUGACCAGUACAACACACACUUGAUACAGAAGCACAGUGUCUCCAACUUGUCCUGUAAAGAUGAGGACACACUUUGGGAGUUUGAGUAUGAAGGCAGUAGCAAAUUCUCAUGCUUACUGUGCUCAAAAUCAAAUAAUCUAGGCACAACAUUCUUUAAUCAUUACAUGGGCUACCACCAUUACACUCUCAAAUGUCUAAGCGGUAUACUAUCAGGUAGAGAUCUGCCUUUUGUCAUCAGCGGUGCUGAUGUCAGUCCGCAAUUCAUUGAUGACCAGCUUAAAGAUCAAAGUAGAGUUGGUUACGUUGAUAUACAGAAAAAUAUUGUAGGAAACCCUAAUGAUCAUAGUGAUAACGAGUCUGAGGAUCUGCUUAAAGUGCUCAUACCAGAAAUUAAACAGGAAGCUAUUAGUGAAACAGAAGACACUGAAACACCUAAUGAGGAAAAGCCUAAAGAAAAAAUAAAGAUUGUCAGAGAUGAGAAUGAUAUUGGAAAUACCUAUAAAGGUGAUGAAGACUUUGAUGUAACAUUAACAGAGCUUAUUAUACUACAGAAAUGCUACUUUGAGUAUGUAAACAGAACUUUAAAUGACAUAAAUUCCAAUCUAGUACCUGAAGUCUCUGACAUCGACUAUUCUACGGCGCAACCUGAUGUUCCAAAUGAUAUGACUUGCUCUCUAUGUAAAAAUAAGUGUGAUAAUAUACAGGUGUUUAUGACUCAUAUGAUUAAAAAUCAUUUUAUGAAAGUAGCACCAAUAUUUUCUUGUAGGGUGUGUACAGCUACGUUUGAAAGUCAGACUGAGUUGGAUAACCAUACAACUGAGGAGCAAGGUGAUUUUGAGGAUCUCUGGAUAUGUCAGUUCUGUGACAAAGAAUUUGACAAUAGAGAGGAUACGAGAAAACAUUUAAACGAACACUCAGAGGUUAUGGAGCUUGACAACUGUUUUAGUCCACAUUUGGGCUUCAAGUGCAAGUAUUGCUCGACUCUAUUCUGGAAUGAGAUAGAUAGAGAGACGCAUGAGGUGCGCACACAUUUCAGCCAGUAUACAGAUCAGUAUUACAAGUGUGAGGAUUGUUUGGAAACAUUCAGUGAUAAGGUUUUCUACAUCCACCACUACAUGGAAAAGCACAGCACCCCCGACUCCCCCACAUACAUGCUGAAGUGCUGUGUGUGCUGCAUCGUCCGUCCCAGCAUUGAGGAGAUGAGGAUGCACUUUAUGAAGAAACAUCCGGAUGCGAGGAAAAUAUACUGUUCGUUGGAUUCUUGUCAGUAUCGCCCGCUGAGCCAUAGGAAGUCGUUUAAGUUUCAUUUGAGAUCUGUCCACGAUCCCGCAGUGCGUCCGCAGGUCCCUGCUACUUGCACCGUUUGCGGUCGCGACUUUGUGAGCACUCGCGCUCUCGGCGCUCACAUGGCGCAUGUUCAUGAAGGCCCGGGCAAGUUCAAAUGUAAGCUGUGUGGGGAAGUCAUGCAUACACUGGAUGAGAGAAAACUUCACUACCUCAUCCGGCAUCCAGGCCGCCAUCCGUACGAGUGCGCAGAAUGUGGAAAAUCCUUCCAAUACAAGUCGUCUCUAUACAUGCACAAGCAGGAACAUUCGCCCAUCAAGCAGAGCUUCACUUGCACCUACUGCUCUAAAGUGUUCGCGAAACGUGACUCCUUCCGCGAGCAUCUACAAAUCCACGAAGGGCCUCGUCACGCCUGUUCCUACUGCCCUAUGCGUUUCGUACAACGUUCGAAUAUGCUCCGACAUGAACGGAGGCAUACCGGAGAACGACCGUAUGCCUGCCAACAUUGUCCGAGAACGUUUUCUGAUAAGGGAGCUUGCAAUUCACAUUCUAGAACACAUUCCAAGGAGACGUCAUACGCUUGCAUCUAUUGUGGACAGACUUUCGUUCAGAAAUCGAAGCUCACGUACCACAUACGAAAACAUACCGGAGAAAAUUUAGAAACGUGUUCGAUAUGUUCGAAGCUGUUCACAAGCGCUUGCUCCUUGCGCGAGCACAUGAAAAUACACGAAGCCAAGAAAAAAGGAGCGAUUCAGUGCCCGCUUUGUGAAAGGAAAUACAAAGACGAGCGUUACAUGCUACGUCAUCUCCGGACUUCACACACUAGUGCUUCGUUCUCGUGCCCCCUGUGUGGCAAGAACCUAACCAGUAUGGUGGGCUUACGACACCAUGUACUCACUCAUAGUGACAUUAAUACUUUCCGGUGUAAAUGCUGCCCAAAAUCCUACGCCGUGAAGCGUUCCCUUGUCAAGCACCUCAGAAAACGCCACGGCCUCAAAGGCCCAGAAGUCAAUAUAAAAGACUACUACAAACGCAUCGACCCUCACGAUUGCAACCUAGGCUUAGACGACGAAGCUAUGAUCAAGAUAUUCGGGCCACCUAAGAAAACUAUGACCGAUAUUCUAAUAGGCGACUUUGUCACACUCACUAAUAACCUAACUGGCAAUCAGGAUAUGCAGAACAAUGAUUAUGAUGAAAAUGAUGACACGAAUGAUGAAGAUGAUAAUGAUGGGAAAGAUUCUGAUGAGAAUGAAAAUGAAAAUGUGACGGAAGAAAUGAGUAGUGUUAUUAUUAAAACUGAAAAGAAUGAUGAGGAUGAAGUGGAGCCGACUGAUUUUGUUAGCGUCAAAAUUGAGCCGAUGUAUGAUGAUGAAGCAUCGGAGUAAAUAAAAUAAUUAUCCUUGCAAAGCCCACUGUCCAUAACAAUGUACAAUCCGUUUCAAUCUAACUAGAACCCUAUAAGAACCAAAUAAAGUAGUAUUUUUUGUGUCUCUGAUUUCAAAAACAUAUUCAAUGUCCCACUUUAAAAGCUUCACAUAAAAAAUAAGAAUAGUUUGUAUGGUGGAAUUGGUGGGUAAUAAAACGUUAAAUAGAGGGAGAAAGGAAAGUUCUUUCUUUAUAGUCCGUUUAGUUAGUAGGUAUUUUAGUAGGCGUUAGCUGCAGUAGGCAGUUAGUUUAGGAUUUAAGUAUAAUAUAAUAAAUGUUGUAUAUCUUCAAUAUCUUGUACUGUAUAUUUUGGUUACAUUUAUUUUAGCUUUAUAUCUUAAAUAUUUCGAGUGUUAUUUUAUAAAGUAAACAGUUUUAUUCUAUCUUAUGUUAUAGUUUAUAAUUCUGGUAAGGUGCAUUUUUUUUAUAGUAAAAAUUUAAUUUGUGGAAUAUUAUAGUAAUAGACUCUCAAUAUUGGAUGUUUUCCUAGUUAAUUCGUAGUAGUAAGUAUUUGUAGAUAUAAGAGCAACAUUAUAUCUUCCUUUACAAUAGGA